AUGAGAUCUGUCCCACAUUGGCUGCUGCUCGCGCUGGUACUGCUGGCCACGGCCGGCUGCCAUGGCAAACCGGUUCGAGUCGAAGCCGGUGGGCGUAUCACGGCCGAAAUGCCGCCAACCCAAACCUUCGGGCCCGUGGCCCCCAUGGUGGUCGAAGGUCCUUGCGAUGCCGACUGGCCACGCGUCGCGGUGAUCGACGUCGACGGCGUACUGCUGAACAUGGACAUGACGGGCUUCUACUCGAUGGGCGAUAACCCCGUCGGCCUGUUCCGCGAGCGACUCGAUGCGGCAGCAGCCGAUCCGCGCGUGCGAGCCGUGGUGGUGCGAAUCAACAGCCCCGGCGGUGGCGUGACGGCCAGCGACAUCAUGUGGCGCGACUUGAACGCCUUCAAAGCCCGCACCGGGCUGCCAGUGGUCGCCUGCUUGAUGGAUGUUGGCGCAGGCGGUGCCUACUACAUGUCUACGGCCGCCGAUCAAAUCAUGGCCCACCCCACCACCAUCACCGGCGGGAUCGGGGUCAUCUUGAAUCUGUACAACUUGCAGGACGCAAUGGCCCAGUUCAACGUGCUGGGGCUGCCCGUGAAGUCGGGCGAGAACAUCGACAUCGGAACCCCCAUCGCGCCGCAGACCGUCGAGUCGCGUGAAAUCUUGACGACAAUGGCCGAUGAAUUCCACAACCGGUUCAAAAACCUGGUGCGCAAUGCCCGCCCUGCGAUCAACCCGAUGAACGAGGCGAUCUUCGACGGUCGCAUCUUCACAGCACAACAGGCGCUGGAAAAUGGCCUCGUCGAUAGCAUCGGGUACAUGGACGAUGCCAUUUUGCUGGCCCGCGAGUUAGGCGGCGUGCCGUGUGCGCAAGUGGUGUUCUAUCACCGCUGCAACGAUCGGGCCCGAUCGCCGUACGCCAUCACGCCAAACGUGCCACUGCAAUCGGCCCUGUUACCGCUGAGCAUCCCAGGCCUGGAACGCAGCAAACUGCCGACGUUCCUCUACCUGUGGCAGCCCGAUCCCACGCUCGAACGCUGGGGCGGAAGGCUCGUGCUUCAAUCCUCUGAAUUCCUCCGGAGUUGGCCCGCGAUGGUUUCUCGGUUUUUCAGCGUUGUUCUGGCCCUACUGUUCUUCUCGCCUGCCCUCUCGUUGGCAGCCCCUAAAAAUGUCGUGCUAAUGGUCGUCGAUGACCAGGGGCUCGAUGCCGGGUGCUAUGGCAACGCGGUGAUCCAGACGCCGCAUCUCGAUGCGUUGGCCGCCGAGGGAACACGUUUCGACAACGCGUUCUGCACCACCGCAAGUUGCAGUGCCAGCCGGUCGGUGUUGCUCUCGGGACUGCACAACCACGCCAACGGGCAGUACGGCCACAUGCAUGGCUACAACAACUUCCACACGCAAACGUUCGUGCAGAGCUUGCCGGUGUUGCUGAACGAAGCCGGCUACCGCACCUGCUCGAUUGGCAAGUACCACGUGCAGCCGGAAGCGACCUAUCACUUCGAACAGUAUGCCAACGACGGGAUCAUGGGCGCACGCAGUUCGAUCCGCAUGGCGGAGAACGCUCGCCAGUUCAUCGAGCAAAAGGACGACCGGCCGUUCUUCUUGUACUUCUGCACCAGCGAUCCACAUCGCUCGCGGGUGGGAUUCGCCAACGACCAAACGUAUCCCGAUGUGCAAGAAGUGGAGUACGACCCAGAGUCGAUUCCCGUGCCGCACUUCCUGCCCGACUUACCCGAGACCCGCCAAGAGUUGGCCGAGUACUAUCAGGCCACCACGCGGGCCGAUCAGGGGCUGGGCCAACUGGUGAAGGUACUCAAGGAAACCGGCCACUGGGACAACACGCUGGUGAUUUACUUGAGCGACAACGGCAUUCCCUUCCCGGGGGCGAAGACAAAUCUGUACGACCCCGGGAUGCGAUUGCCGCUGGUGAUCCGCUCGCCCGAGGCGAAGCAGAAAGGGGUCGGGUCGCAAGCAAUGGUCAGCUUCGUCGACAUCGCGCCCACCGUGCUCGACUUCGCGGGGGCGAAAGGCCCCAAAUACAAGCUGCACGGCCGUUCGGUGCUGCCGGUUCUGGAAGAAUCGAACCCCGGCGGCUGGGAUGAGGUUUACGGUUCGCACACCUUCCACGAGAUCACGAUGUACUACCCGAUGCGAGUCAUUCGCACGAAGCAAUACAAGUGCAUCCUGAACCUGGCCCACCCGCUGUCGUUCCCGUUUGCUUCUGAUCUGUACGCUUCAGACACAUGGCAGGCCGUGCUGCGAGAGGGCCUCGACAUGUACGGCAGCCGGAGCGUGGACGCCUAUCUGCAUCGCCCGCAGUACGAGCUUUACGAUUUGGAAGCCGACCCCCACGAGGUGAACAACUUGGCCGAUGACGGCGACCAUGCCGAGGUGUUCGCCGAACUCAAGGGCAAGCUGGAGAAGUUCUCGAAGCAGACGAAAGACCCGUGGGUGGUGAAGUACGAGUACGAGUGA